UUUGUGCUGAGGGACUAGAGAGCUCUCUUCAAGGAGAGGGUUGAGAUCUUAAAAAGCAAAUAAAACAACUUUCCAUACUAUAAUUGCUAUUAAUGGAAAGGAACCUACGCUGAAUUAAGUAGUUCAAAACUGCUUCUUCAUUAUCGGGAACUCCCUCACUACAAGGAGGGGAAAGAAAAUGUGAAAACAAAAACCAAAAUCAAGAAGCCUCCUUGACUGGCCGCCGAAGUGUCUAGGAGGCACCUGCGGGGCCAGGAAGCGCUCCGCCCUCCCAGCCUCUAGCACGCCAAGGAAGCUCAAACAGCAGACAAACAAAGCAAAAACAAAAACAAACAACAACGAAAACGCUUAAUUUCCAAGGAGAAAAUCGGAGGUGGUUUCCAAAUCCGUGUCACGCAGGGCUUGGCUGGGUAGCCCACUCAGCUGCUGAUCCGGGCCUGGUAACAGCAAUGAGGCUGACGCCCCCGGCCCCGCUAGGGAGCACAGCCCACAGCUCCCCCUUGCCAGGCGCCCAAGGACCCUCAAGGCGCGGGGCUCACACUUGAAGCCUGGGAACGCUCAGACAGGAAACCCACUUCCUCCUAAGCAGUUUCUUGCUAGCCGGAUGAGAGGCGCCCAAUUGAAGCAGAAUGAUCCUCAUCUACUAAUAUCCAGCGUGGCCACAAAGCGACCGGCCAUUUACGCCGCCACUUUAGACAAAGAUAUUUGGUUAUUCCCGGGGAAGCGAGUGCACUUUUGCAUGGCUGAGCUCCGGGAGGAGGCGAGCCUCAGCCCAGCCUCCCGCCCGCUGGGAUGCGGGCGUCGAGAUAUUCGCCUCCUCCCGGACAGUGAGUUCCACCCGGGUUCAGACUCAGUUCCACUCUACAACGGACCCGCGGGCGCUCGCUCGGCUCCCUGCCCGGGCUCUCUCUGAAGCACCAGAAGGGAACGCAGCGGAGAUCUGGGCUGGAGUGCUGGGACUGUCAUGGUCUCGAAAAGUCAGCACCAGCCUCAGAAGCCGGAGUAUCCAGGCCAUGGGCAAGGGUCAGGGGCACCAGCCGACGCCGAAUCAUGUCGAUGAGUCCAAAGCACACGACUCCGUUCUCAGUGUCUGACAUCUUGAGUCCCCUGGAGGAAAGCUACAAGAAAGUGGGCAUGGAGGGCGGCGGCCUCGGGGCUCCGCUCGCAGCUUACAGACAGGGCCAGGCGGCCCCGCCGGCCGCGGCCAUGCAGCAGCACGCCGUGGGGCACCACGGCGCCGUCACCGCCGCCUACCACAUGACGGCGGCGGGGGUGCCCCAGCUCUCGCACUCCGCUGUUGGGGGCUACUGCAACGGCAACCUGGGCAACAUGAGCGAGCUGCCUCCUUACCAGGACACCAUGCGGAACAGCGCUUCGGGCCCCGGAUGGUACGGCGCCAACCCAGACCCGCGCUUCCCGGCCAUCUCCCGCUUCAUGGGUCCUGCGAGCGGCAUGAAUAUGAGCGGCAUGGGCGGCCUGGGCUCGCUGGGGGACGUGAGCAAGAACAUGGCCCCGCUGCCUAGUGCGCCCCGCCGGAAGCGCCGGGUGCUCUUCUCCCAGGCGCAGGUGUACGAGCUCGAGAGACGCUUCAAGCAACAAAAGUACCUGUCGGCUCCGGAGCGCGAGCACCUGGCCAGCAUGAUCCACCUGACACCCACGCAGGUCAAGAUCUGGUUCCAGAACCAUCGCUACAAGAUGAAGCGCCAGGCCAAGGACAAGGCAGCGCAGCAGCAACUGCAGCAGGACAGCGGCGGCGGCGGCGGAGGCGGAGGGGGCGCGGGUUGCCCACAACAGCAGCAAGCUCAGCAGCAGUCACCGCGCCGGGUGGCCGUGCCGGUCCUGGUCAAAGACGGCAAACCCUGCCAAGCGGGAGCCUCUGCGCCGGGCGCCGCCAGCCUGCAAGGCCACGCGCAGCAGCAAGCUCAGCAGCAAGCACAGGCGGCUCAGGCGGCUGCCGCGGCCAUCUCGGUGGGCAGCGGUGGCGCGGGUCUAGGCGCACACCCAGGCCAUCAGCCGGGCAGCGCAGGCCAGUCCCCGGACCUGGCGCACCAUGCAGCCAGCCCCGCAGCGUUGCAGGGCCAGGUCUCCAGCCUAUCCCAUCUGAACUCCUCGAGCUCGGACUAUGGCGCCAUGUCCUGCUCUACCUUGCUUUACGGUCGGACCUGGUGAGACGUGGAACCCGCCAGAGCCCCGUGCGGCCUCACAGCUUCACCUCUGCCCGCCGCAGACCACCUUUCGCCCAAUGCUCCACGUGCUUCGACUUUUCUUAAGAACCUGUUUGUGUUUAGACCAAGGGAAAAGUACACAAAGACCAAACUGCUCGUGCUCGACGCCUUCUUUCUUCUUCUUCUUCUUCUUCUUCUUCUUCUUCUUCUUCUUCUU